AUGGGAGGCUUCGACUUCGCCAGCUUCGAUGGGUCAGGGCCGCUGACGUCGUCGAGGAGGAGGGAGAGGACGGAGAGAUCGAGCACAAGAGACUCUCAGGAGGAGGACUCCAACAGCGAUUUCGUGCUGCGAAGGUACAGGUUCGAUGCGCAAGGAGGAGGACAGGAGACGAGAUUGCCUGCACUGCGGCAUUAUGACGUGAAGAUGAGAAGGUCUUCUGCUGCCCCAUCCGAGUCUGAGCUGCAGUACCACAUGACCACCAACAGAGACUAUCUGCGGUUCUACUACACUGACUACCUCGGAUCCCCACCCAUGGAAGAUUCGAAACCCAAGUUCGCCGACGACCGGGGCGAGGCCAUCGAGAUCCAAGAAUUGUGUAGGUGGAUCAGCUCUGUCAAUCCUCGCACUCGGCUAGAGAGCUAUCCUCUGUUCGUCCUCUGCAAGGAUGUUCUCAAUCGGAUAGCGACGAAGGAGCUGAAGAUCAUAGACAGUGACAAGGCGGAACUAAUGGACCUGCUCGCAGAUGCGAAGAAUCGAAUUGCGGAGCUUGAAAAGAAGCUUGCAGACGCACAGGAUGAAUUCAGAGAGGAGCUAGACGGGCUCAACAAGAAAUGGAAGCAGAGGCUCCUUGACUCCACUGCAGAAACGCCAAGGGAUGAUGGAGAGCUGAAGCUCUUGAGGGAACAGCUUGCGGCGAGUAAGAACGAACUUUGCCAGAGAGAGGGGGAGCUCCAAGAGUGCAAAGAGCAGCUGGAAAAGUUCACAAAGGAGCUGGCAAAGCAGAAGAAGGAAGCCUCCUCGAUGAAGAGCCAGAACACCUCUCUGUCAGAGAAGAUAGCAUCGAUGGAGCAACAGUUGAAAGCGUUGAAGAGCGGCGAUCAGCAGGACCCAUUCUUGAAGCUCGAUGACAAUGUACAAACAUGCUUGCUCGCUCUCUUUGUCUCGUCUCAGACGUUUCUGUUGCAGGGGAAGAUAGACGCGCUCAAGAGAUUGCUUCUUGAUGACUCUCUGUUCAAACAAGCCAAGUUCAAGAACGUGCUGGUAGACACGCUCCUUGUUCCACCGACGAAAGGCAUUCCGGUCUCAAUCAAAAAAGCUCUCUGCUUGAGAUUGUUGUCGUUCAUCUUCGAGUCAGAACAAGGGGCAGGGGACGACCUGACAAAACUUGCUAUCAUCUCGAACAUGCUUUCAAGCGAGGAGAAGCCGAUCAUGAUAUCGCAACUGCUAAAAGAGGCGGUUGAGAAAGACUUGCCGAAGAUGAAGCUCAAUGAACAGGCAUUCAUCCUGUCGUCUCACAAGUCGUGCGAUGACAAGGAGCUCAUGGCAGAGUGGGGCAAGGGGAAGGAUCAGAUUUCAUUGCAGGAGCUUCAGCCGGCGAUGAAUCAGAUUGGAAUCCCUUCCAUACGAUCUGAACAAUUCUUCAUCGACUGUUCUGGCGACGAGUGGGAAAGGGUGAAGAUCCGAUGCAUGGAGGAGGAGGAGUCUCAGUGGGACUACAUGGUGAAGAAGGAUGAGCGGACGGCUGCAGUCUGGGACUUGAUGAGGAGGUUCAUCGAGAGGGACUUCCUCGACCUCACGGAGCGACAUCACCCUCCUAAGAGCGGGACUCUGUUGCACUCGAUAGACGACAGGACAAGCUGCAAAUGGAUGCUGAGAACGAUCGGACGCUUGUUCGGGGGGAAUCAUGAUACAAUCUUGGCCUUCUUCGGGCAUUUCGUGUCGACUGAGAGCCUCUACCUGUCGCUCAAGACUGACAGCGAGUCAAGACAACUUAGGAAGAGACUGUUGAGAUACAUCACCUGCAUCGUUCGGGCAGAGAAGCUGCCUUUCUCAGAGUGGGCCUUCGAAGUUCACGCGUGCGAAGCUGAAGAAACCCGGAACGAGAAAUAUGAGCAUAUCGGGCAGAUCUAUGAGGCUAAGGUGCUGAUAGACGAGACGUUUGACAAGACGGGGAAACCGAGAGAGCCUCUACCUGAGUUCCUCAAGAACUUCCUGAUCCGGCAGUACGGGCUCAAGAGCAUCGCGUUGAAGAACCUCGCCAACAUCGCUGCGGGAGUGAGGAAGGAGUUUGAGAAGGCGUUGAGGCUCAAGAUCUUCGGAAAGAUCACAGGGAUGAUCGACCAGGAAGAGUACGAAGACGGCCUCUGCGACGCGCUCAUGCAAGGGCUCAAGAAUAUCUUCCCCCCUGAUCAGAUCAAGGAGAGGAUGGAUGACGGGAAUAUUUCCAUCCCCUUGCUCAGUAUUGCGUCAGCGACUCUUUCAGUGUUCUCGUCCAAAUACUAUUACACAGACACAGAUGUCGUCGUCAUCGUCUUCAUCAUCAUCGUCUACACCAUCAUCGUCUUCACCGAAAACAUCGCUUCCAGACUCUUCUCCUCCCAGGUAUACAAGGACAGCAAACUGAAUGCCGAGAAAUUCUUUGAGACGCUUUACAAUGAGUUUGACGCCAACCAGGACCAUGUCCUCGACUUCAAUGAGUUCACCAACCUCGUACGAUCAGUUCAGCCCAAGCUGGAUGACCACGAAGUUCUCGAGCUGUACAACCAAGCACUGGACUUGACAGGUGAGGGUGACAGCAUCUCCCUUGACGCCUUCGUGUACGUCGCAUGUUUAAAUCACACUCUGGAAACCUUUCAAAUCUUCCACAACCAUCCCCUCUCGCAGCAGUGA